CCGACGACGCCAGCCGGCGCCGACGGGCCUGGGUCUCUCUCUCGCGCGCGCGCGCGUUGCUGGGUAACGGGCCUGCUCCUGUGGCCGCCGGGCCCCUCCUGCCUCGGCUCGCCCCUCCUUCCAGAACCCCCAGGGCUCCUGCCCAAGGGCAGGGCUGCGUCGCGAGCUCCGCUGAGGCAGAAGAAAUGGGAAUCCCUUUGCGGCGCACCUGGAGCCGCCACCUUCUCUGGGGAAGCAGCGGUGUCUUCGAGGAAACCGGAAGCCCUUGGUGACCCCUGGCGACCUGGGUUGUUUUCAGGCGGUUUCCGUACACUGGGGAAUCGAAACUCGGCGGCCCCAGGGGCGGCCCCACGUAGCCAGGGUUCAGGCUGUCAUGGAUGCACUAGUAGAAGAUGAUAUCUGCAUCCUCAAUCAUGAAAAAGCCCAUAGAAGAGAUACAUUGACUCCUGUAUCAAUAUAUUCAGGAGAUGAGUCUGUUGCUUCACAUUUUGCUCUUGUCACUGCAUAUGAAGACAUCAAAAAACGACUUAAAGAUUCAGAGAAAGAGAACUCUUUCUUAAAGAAAAGAAUAAGGUUUUUGGAAGAAAAGCUUGUAGGAGCUCGAUUAGAUGAAGAAACAAGUUCUGUGGGACGAGAACAAGUAAAUAAGGCCUACCAUGCAUAUAGAGAAGUUUGCAUUGAUAGAGAUAAUUUGAAGAGCAAAUUGGACAAGAUGAAUAAAGACAACUCUGAAUCUUUGAAAGUAUUGAAUGAGCAGCUACAAUCUAAAGAAGUAGAACUCCUCCAGCUAAGAACAGAGGUGGAAACUCAGCAGGUGAUGAGGAAUUUAAAUCCACCUUCAUCAAACUGGGAGGUGGAAAAGUUGAGCUGUGACCUGAAGAUCCAUGGUUUGGAACAAGAGUUGGAACUGAUGAGGAAAGAAUGUAAUGAUCUUAAAAUUGAGCUGCAAAAAGCCAAACAAAUGGAUCCACCUCAGGAAGACAGUAUGAAGAGCAGAGAUCUCCAAAAACUAAGCAUUUCAAGUGAUAAUAUGCAACAUGCAUACUGGGAACUAAAGAGAGAAAUGUCCAAUUUACAUCUGGUGACUCAAGUACAAGCUGAACUACUACGAAAACUGAAAACCCCAACUGCAAUCAAGAAAGCCUGCACACCAAUAGGAUGCAUGGAAGACCUUGGGAAAGAAGGAACGAAACUGCACUUGACAAAUUUCACUGCAACAUACAAAAGACAUCCCCCUCUGUCACCAAACGGCAAAGCUCUCUGUCAUACUACAUCUUCUCCUUUACCAGGAGAUAUAAAGGUUUUAUCAGAGAAAGCACUUCUCCAAUCAUGGACAGAUAAUGAGAGAUCCAUUCCCACUGAUGGUACAGACUUUCAGGAACACAACUCUUAUGGCAGAAAUUCUCUGGAAGAUAAUUCUUGGGUAUUCCCAAGCCCUCCUAAAUCAAGUGAGACAGCAUUUGGGGAAACUAAAAGUAAAACUUUGCCUUUACCCAACCUACCACCAUUGCAUUACUUGGAUCAUCAUAAUCAAAACUGCCUUUAUAAGAAUUAAUUCUGAAGAGAUUCAUGAUUUGAUCAUGAGGACACUCUCUCUCUCAAUGGUUCUCCAAGGAAGUUAUUUAACAAACUGAAAGUGGGCUUUGAUUAAAAUUUUGCAGAGUUCUUCAGUAUAUACAUUCAAACACACUGUACGAUAUUAUGUAGUUGAUUUUCUAGUAUGAAAGAAGAGUACCUCCAGCUCCAUAUUCUAAGAAUCACAUAUGUGUUACUGUACUAAUUUAUAAACUUAAGGUGUUUCAAAAAGACAAUUCUACCUUUGAUAAAAAUUGUAAAAUUUUGCCUCGAAGAUAAGGGAAUUGGAUAUUUUUAGACAUGGUUUUAUGAAGUGUGUGAAAGGCCUAGACAUCUAUCCAUAAAAAUAAAAGGAAGCCUUGAAAACAGGGAAAAAACCAUGUUCACUGGUUCAGAUAUGCAUAAAGGAGCAAAUGGCAAUGCAAAUAAGUUAAUAUUCUAUUGACUUUAUGAUGCAUAGAGAUAAGAAAUAUCAUAAUGGAAUAAAAAUGACUAGGUCAUUAUAUCUCUAUGGUAUUGUGUUUUAGACAUUAAGAUUUAAAUAAUAAUACUUUAGAAUUGCAAUUUGAAUUCUAAGACUUGAAAUGACCAUUGAAGCCAGCUUUGUCCCAGUACAUUCAAGUCCUAAAUGGAUAAAAAGAUGAAAUAGUUAACAAACUAUGUGGUAUGUGAAUAAACUAUUAUAACCUUAUACACCAUUCAAUUAGAAGUAGAAAGAGCAUCUUAAAAGUUUUGAGUCUAAUCUGUCCCUCUGGUGGUCCAUAAUGAAAAUUUAAAUGUGUAUAACUGUAUAGUCAUUUUCUUCAAAGGGAAUAUUGCUGCUUGUUGUAUAAAGCAGUUUAUAAAUUGUUAGACUUUGUUUUGAAAUGUAGUACUUGAGAAAGUUAUUUUUGAAUUACAAAAUUUCACUCUAGAACUAAAUUUUGUGCUGCAUUGAUAUAGUACAAUCAUGAAAUAUCCCCAAACUCAUUCUAACAGGUCAUUUGUAAAUAAGUAAGGAAAUAACAAAGGUGGCUUCACAGGAAAAUUGACCUGAAUUCUUUCAGGAUAGAAAUAUUAAUAAUAGUAAUAAUAUUUUACUUGGUUCAUACACCUUUUGCCUAGGAUACAGUGUUUCAUGUAGGAAGGACUUUAUCCUUUUUGAUAGACAGUUCAUAUAUCUUAAAUUCAAAAGAGUAUCACAGAUCUUUUCCAUAUUAUUGAAUAGCAUACACAGACAAUGUUCACCAUUCUUUUUCUCUAUUAUCUUACUCACUUAUUCAAGCUUGUCUGUGAUUAAUGGAAUUGAAGUCAGAUGCUGGAAUUUAUUCUGACCAGCGAACACAGCUGACUCAAGGGAGUACAGUCUUCUGCCAAGUAAUAGAACAAAACCCAAUAUGCAUAAAACAAAUAUAAGAUUCCAGGCUUUAGCUGAAGGAAGCAACUACCUGUGUAAUAACAAAGCAGCAUAAACUAUUUCUCAUGUGGCUGCAUAGGCUGUAUAUUAUCUCUAAUCUCUAAUGUGGCUUACUGGUUUGCCUUUUUUAAAACCAUGAUUGGAAAUUUCCCUUCGUAAAGUCAGUCAGUCUUACGAGAUAAUGGCUUGAUUAAUGUUUUGAACAAUGCCAAGAAAUUGUUUAAUUAAAAUUAUUUUUGUUUGAAAUGGAAGUGGAUGUGAAAUAAUAUCCUUGCUUAUAUACUACAAGGUCUGGUACUGAUUGUUAGUUGUUAAUUUGAUUCGUAUAACAGACAUUUGUCUUGUUUAAUUGACUUUGAGUGGAGAAAAUUCCCUCCAAAAGACAGUGAUGAUAGCAAUCAAACAGGUAUGCUAUUCUUACUAAAGUCUAAUGCACAUUUAGCACUUAAACUAUUAAGAAUAGUCAUUGAAUUACUUCUUACUAAAGUCAUAUGCACAUAUAAUACUUAAACUAUUAAGAAUAUCAGUGAUGUUCUUAAUAGUUUAAGUGUUAACUGUGCAUAAGAAUUAAUCAAAAAUAUUUUACCCACAGAAAAUUUUAUCAUCUGUUCUCAUUAAGAUUCAAAAAGAAAUGAUAAAAUUGGCCCAUCUGUGGCUUACAAUCUUUUUAAAAUGGAAACUUUUAUGUCGAUCUCUUAUACUAACUAAACACUCCAAAAAUUUUAGAUUUCUUUUUGUAAGAACCGAGUUCAACACAUCUAUAACCCAACAAUAUAGAGAGAACACAAAUAAUUUUUAAAAAGCUACAUUUCCUUCCUCUUAUUAGCUUGAGGUAGAAUUUAUUUCUCUGAAAGGAAGAUUCUUUUAUUGACUAUCUGCCAAAAUGGAACUGAAUUCACAUGUAGAAUAGUGACAUACCUAUGUGAAACAUUAGAAAAUAAAUAGUAAAUUCAUUGAAUCGUGGAGGAAAGUUAUGACCUUUAUCCAGAAAAGCUACUUGGAAAAGGUAAAUUUUAAAGGGUAACAUCCUAUGAAUUGUCACAUACAGACGGAAUAUAAACAAAGGUACCAGUAAGCAAGCAAAGUACAACUGCCUCAGUCCAAUAAGUAGACUUGAGUGUGGUGAGGCAURAAUAAAGUCUCCAAUGAAUGGUUCGUUUUUGCUAUGAGAAAGAAGGAUGAGUACACUGUAUAAUUUGUCUAGUACCUAUGGAGGAUGUGACAUCUAUAUAAGCUAAUUUUCCACAUAAAAUUGAAGUUGUCUUGUGCAACGCCCUGGAUUUGAUCCCCAACACCAACAAAAACAAAAAUUUGAAGUUGGCUACUUUAAUUUUCAUUAAAAUAGUCACAGACUGUAUAUUUGUACCAGCCUCUGUAACUGUUUUGCCUUUUCUCCAUUUGAGUCACUUAAAAAAAAGAAAAAUGACAGUCCUGUGCUUUAGGAAAUGUAUCAGUAUCAGAAGGUGAACAGGGGAAUAUAGGCUUAUUAGCCCCUAUUCUGUGUGGACUCCAGAUUUUGAUAUUUGCUUUAUUUUUGUCUGUUCUACUAAUCUCCCUCCUUUUGAUCUGUGGCCUGGGAAAAGUGUAGUUCCUUUGUAUUUCAAAUAAGAGUAAAAUCAUUCUUUGAGUGGUUAACUCAAGAGUAUGAGUAAAGUGGGAACUUGAACAUCCAUUGAUUGUAUUGCAUUUAAAUUAUUAAGUCCUUUUUUUCCCCUAAAUCAGCUAUUUCAUGGGAUUGGGACCAAAGUUAAAUCUUGUUUUGUAAUUAAGUUUCUGGUUUUGAUUUUAAUGAGGACUAUGUGGAAACAGAAAAUUUACUUAUCUGUAAACUGGUUAUAGUGGCUGUGGUGCACAGCUAAUAGCUCCUGGGGUUGUGGGUGGGGGGGAUGACUUUUUAAUAUAAUAUCAGCCUGGGCCCAAAUUAUGGCAUUGGGACAGAAAUUUAUUACAUUACUUUCUGUGUCCACUAUUUUACAAGGUAUGUUUAUUCAUCCUAAGGAUGAGUUUUUAAAAAGAAAAAGUAUUUUCAAUAAUCAAGUUAACAUAAUUAACUUGAUCAAAAAACAAUUUCUUUUUUU